UGGAGUCUCCACCGGGAUAAUCAAAGAUGUGUGGCUGAUGAAAUAGAAGAGCCUUCUUAUCAGAUGUCUAAUUGAGUUAGCAGAAAUGUUAGCAUGGAGAGGAGAGGGACAUUAGGUUCUGGUAGGCGUAAAGUUUCCGAUCAAAGAAGUGCACUUGAGAUUGAGAACUAUGAAACACACACUUCUCAAAUAUCGCCAAUUCAUGAAGUUAGUGGAAGGAAUUUGAUGAUCCCCUCUUCAGACAUAUCAAGGGCAAGUAAUUAUUCCACUGAGGCAAAGAAUUUGGCAGAAUCACCAGAUAUUGUGGAUUCAUCUGCACCAAAGCUAUCAUUUUGUGUACCUUCACCAUUCUCACCACCAAUUACAAAAACUGUCUGGCCGUGGUCAUUUACUUAUCUAGACGUUCUCGCCGUUCACCUGGGCACUUCUUUCCCUUAUUCCAAAUGGUUUGAGAGAGAAGCCCAUCAGGCUUCAAUGCCCCCGUACAAUCAAAUCUCAGAUUCUUAA